CUAGUGUGUGUUUUCUCAGAAACCGGAGGCUGUCAGAGAGAGAGGAUCGACUGCUGCGGCUCUCUGACACAAACAGCAGCUAUGUGGCUUUAGCAGUUCACCAAGAUCGCCUCAAAGCUUUCACUCCACGCGGAACCGCCGACCCCCUCUUCCAGUCGGUGUUUUGGCAGCGCCUCUUUGGAAAUGUCAUCUUAAAAGUUGCUGUUAGCUAACUUGUUAGCUUCCGGGUUAGCUUGGAAUUUGGACCGUCUUGCUAAUUUGGCGUAAUUCAAACUAAAUCCACCACAAAGCAGUACACCCUGCAGGAUAUUUCCACAUUGGACAGCGACAAAUUAAAGCAUGGAAGCCUUUUAUAGUCCCGUUAACACCACGUCGAAAAGCAGGCCCGAAGGCAUCCCCGGACUUUCCUCGCUCACUCUGCCCGAGCUGAGCACAAGGGACCCGCACUGCAGGAACCUAUUCUCCCCUGGACCCACUGCUGUCCUCUCCCCUGUCACCAAUCUGGCUCUGGAUAUGAACAACUUGGCUGGACUUGGAAGUCAGUGUGACACCCCGAAAAGGAGAAAUCAUCCACCCCUUGAGAAGAUUCCCUCCUUUGCUUCUGACGUCUCAUCUGAUGCUGGCCUCGGCAUGGAUCCCCCCAGCCCCAUGGAUGCUGUCGAAGUUGAGGACACAUUUGAAAAGGCCAUUCAGCAAUCCAGCAGAGUAGUUAACGAGAAGAUGCCAAUUCGACGAAUCAACUCAUUGCCACUCCAGCUCCUGGCUUUCAGUCCAUCCCUGAGAGGACAGGAAACGAAUUCGAACCGCUACGGGAUAUUCGGCCAACAACCCUCCCAGAUAACCGCUUCUGAACACGACAACAAGGAAAACAUGCCAGAGGAGUGUUUUGAAUUCAAGAAACCAACCAAGCCGGCGUCACGUUGUCGCGGUCGCUCCUUCAACGGCGGACAGGCGAAGGACGCUUUUGCCCGCCGUCCCAGCUCAGCACCAGCCCUCAUGCUUUCUUCGCCUCCUCCAGGCCAGCAGCAGGACUUCUUUGACUCCAGCCCCAUGUUCCUGAGACGCUCCUCCCCCACCUCGUCUCUAAAUGACGAUGACGAAGACGACGUUUUUUUGGAAGUACUAGACGACGACAUGGAGAAUGACUCUGGGAUGCCGAUGGGAAUGGCCAGCUUGCUCACUGCCCCGCUGGUGUCCGACAGCUCAGCAGAAGACUCGCCUGUGAUUCGCUGCCGGCCACGCAACCUGUUCCGCUCGCCCUCCAUGCCCAGUCCGGUGUCCCGUCACGCCGUGAAGCGCCCCGACUGCUCCGGAGAUGAAAGCACGCCGAUCAGGGUGAAGAGACGACGCAGCCUGGCAGGAAGUCAGGUCACCACCCUGGAGCAAAACCCCGAAUCCCACAGAACGGCCUGCUCGCUGCUGCAGAGGUCCAAAUCCUUCUGUCAGACGGAGAUUGAAAAGCUGCUGGACGGUGAGGACGGUUCUAAUGAGCUAAUAGGAGAUUUCACCAAGCCCUUCGUGCUCCCAACAGUGGAGGGAAAACAUCAAGACCUCAAGUACAUUACCCCAGAAAUAAUGGUGGCAGCUCUCACCGGACAGUUUGGUCAUCUAGUCGAGCGAGUUAUCAUCAUAGACUGCCGCUACCCCUACGAGUUUGACGGAGGACACAUCAAGGGAGCUCUGAACCUGCACCAGGAAGACCAGGUGCAGGACUUCCUCCUGAAGGCCCCCAUCGUCCCGGCCUGCCCCGACAAACGGGUCGUCAUCAUCUUCCACUGCGAGUUCUCGUCGGAGCGCGGCCCUCGGAUGUGCCGCUUCGUCCGGGAGCGAGAUCGCGCCGUGAACGACUACCCCAAACUCCACUACCCCGAGCUCUACAUCCUCAAGGGCGGAUACAAAGACUUCUUCCCACAUUUUCAGGCGCAAUGUGAACCUCAGUCCUACCGGCCGAUGCACCACGAGGACUUCAAGGAGGACCUGAGGAAGUUCCGCCUCAAAAGUCGCACCUGGGCUGGCGAGCGCAGCAAGAGAGACAUGUACAGCCGUCUGAAGAAGCUGUGAGCGCCUCCUCGUCCUCCGAAAACACACCUGCCUCCCCGGAAACAAACUCCAAACGACCUCCGCACAGAGCCCCGAGGCCUCACCGAGCAGCCUUUCGGGAUUUACAAAGUUCCAUAUAACUAUAGCAAAGUUAGUUAUUUAUGCAAAUGCACAGAGGGAAAGACGUGAAAUGAUGAACCCCUCGGCGUAAAGACGUCGCCGAGGUGCAGAGAGCAGAUUUUAUUCAGGUGAUCUGAAGCGUUUUUAAAAACCACUUGGACCUACUGCCUGUUUUUAUUAUUUUCUACUUUUAAUCUUGCGGCACAAAUCGGUGCCAAACUGCAAUAACACAACCGAACCACACUGCCAGGUCUGACGUUUGUCUUUCGGUCUCCUCACUGGAUGUUUUUUCUUUUGGUUUUGUCAGCUCCCUCUUUUAUUUAAGCACUUAAUUUAAAUCCCUUGUGCUUUUGUGAUGCAGCUUUUGAUAUAAUUUUGUCGUAAUGAAUUGUGUGCUAAUAAUUAGACAGUGAAGGUUUUAACUUUCUCCGGGCUUCCCAAAAUGCAAAUUGGAUGUGUUCCAGCUCAUAAAGUGCAGUUUUUUUCCCCUCUCCUUCCUGAACAGUUGCAGUACUUGGUCUUUUUUUUUGCUCAGUCAGAAGAUACCAAAGCAAACAGAAGCUACCUGUUCACUUUGCAGUGAGAUUUUUCUGAUGCUGCAGGUCAGCGAUUGUGACACGACUUUUCUUUUUUUUUUAAUUUCCUUUUGACUCUGAGGAAAAACAUCCUUUGUUUGGCUUUGACUCCGUCGUUUUCAGAGAUCCAGCGUCUGACCCUCUGCAGAGCUAAUGAUGUCAGUUUGUAAGGAGUAGGCUGGUUUGAGUAUUUUGGUGCAGGCUCGUGGGGGAGCUGCUGAAAUAAAGAUCCAAUGCACAUUCAGAAA